AUGGAUCAAAAUUCGGCUAUUGGUCGUUUCCUCACUCUCAUUGCUUUCGCAACGGGCGCAGGUGCCAACUACCUCGUUUUGACGGUAACUUCUUCCAGGAGCUCCUGCACCACCCGCAAAAAACGUCACUCCAGAUUCGCACCUCCCUUAUUCAUUUAUAUCCCUCCCGUCAAUGAUCCAGCUUCAACCGACCUUCCACAGAAGCUUCCAGCAGAAAAUACGCCUCAGAGUACUCCAGCGCCAAAGUACUCGCCAGCGCAGAACACUCCUUCUGUUCCAGUGACUGGUCCUGCACAGGGUGAUUCCGUUCCGAAAUCUCUCAAUGGUUCUUCGCCACCUGCCUAUGGCCCAUCUUCGAUCGCACCUCCCGUUCCUUCGGAUGAUGCAGCUCCAACUGGUCUUCCACAAGGCGGUUCUGUGCAAAACCCUCCUACAGGUUCACUAGCAGGACCCCCCUCAAGGCGCUCCUGCACCUCAGGAUCCCUCACCGUCGGUCUCCCCAUCACCCGCGCCAGUCAACGGUCCAACAAAAACCGGCCUGCCAAAAGACGAGCAGGUCCCUAA